AUACUUUUCCGCCUCAAUUUUGUUUCGACGUCCGCCCAGUGAACAGCUCAGUUGCGUGCGCGUUCGGUUUUUCGCGGUCUCUCGAUUUCUUUUUUCCUUUUGCGUUUCGUUUCGGUUUCGGUUUCGUUCGUUCGUUUUUCUUUUCGUUUGCCGCCAUCGGUUGAUUCGAUUGUUUUCCAUUAUUGCUUUUCCCGUCUUCUUUGCGUUCGUUGUUCGUAAUUGUUCUUCCUGGCGCUUUCUGGUUUGUUAGUUUCUUUUGUGCGAAUUUUUCGAGGGAAAUUUUUGCGCUGGAAUUUCCCUUCCGCGUGUGAAUCACACCAACAGCAACACCGGAAGUCUGAGACAUCCCAACCAACGUAUUCCAAACGGCAAGAACGUGAAAAUCGUGGUGGGUUAUUUUCUUCAACAGUUUGCUGGAAAGUUUAAAAAUAACGGUGCAAUUCUUCGCUUCUUUCUCUGGAAUUAUGAAUUAUUUAAUUUACGCUGCGAAGUGUUAUAUUAUUCGGUUCUGAAAAACCCCAGCAGUGUUAUGUAAACCAAAAGUUCAACUCGUGCCCGUCAAAGUUUUGAUAAAGAAGCAAAAGUUGAAGCUGACGCCGCCGAAACCGAGUGAGAAAUUAGUGCAAAUAUUAUUUUAAAUAAAGGAAGAGAGAGAGAGAGCCAACAGAAUCGGCUCAACGAGAAGUUGGAAUAUUCAACGUUCGGGCUAAAAAUAGCAUUAUUUAUAACUUUUGUUUGAGACUUGUUUAUUAUUGUAGAUAAGAGCAUCCCUCAUUUGAAUUGCAGAGCACCGUUGUGUGGGACCGUUCCAAGGCGUCACCGUUUUUCCGUUUCUCCAGUCCGGCAGGCGGGCGAGAAUACCCCGAAACGAAUAUCAUCAGUAUUACUAUAAUAUAAGUCAAAAGGAAGCGAAUUUAGAAGAAUAUAAGCAAAAAAAAAAACUCGUUGGAACAAUCCAAUAAAUCCUGCUACGAGAAUAAGGACGACGAUAAGAGCCAAAUCGAGACUACUUUUUACUUAUAGUGCUUAUACACACUCACACCAGAUACCAGAAACGUACUUCCAAGGCGUUUAUAUAACGCUCGUCACUUUUUACAAGUGUCGAAAGAAUAGCGAAAAAAAAAAGGAACUUUUAAUAGCUCAUAUAGUGACUGACUGUAGCGUCGAGGCUACGAAAGGAGCAACUAGGCAGGCAAAAUUACGAUUACAGCGACGACGACCACGACAACCACGACGACGGCGGCGACCACGGUAGAAAGCAGUAGCGAGCCGGAGACGAAGACGACUGUCAUGAUGACGAACGGUAUUUCGGCCGACAACCAAACUAACGGCGGGAGCCAGGAGGACUCGAAGACCAAUCUAAUCGUCAAUUAUCUGCCGCAGCAGAUGACCCAAGAGGAAAUCCGCUCGUUAUUCUCCAGCAUUGGGGAGGUGGAAAGCUGCAAGCUUAUACGAGAUAAAGUUACGGGUCAAAGCUUGGGCUACGGAUUCGUCAACUACCAGCGGGUGGAGGAUGCAAGCAAAGCGAUCAACACACUCAACGGCCUAAGGUUGCAAAACAAGCAAAUCAAGGUAUCCUUUGCACGACCAAGCUCCGAGGCAAUCAAGGGAGCGAACCUGUACGUGUCCGGCCUGCCGAAGAACAUGCUGCAGGCGGAUCUGGAAUCGCUGUUUAGCCCGUACGGACGCAUCAUCACCUCCCGCAUACUGUGUGACAAUAUUACAGCACGUCAGUAUAAUUCCUCUUCUGGAGAAACGUCACCCGGUCUUUCCAAGGGCGUCGGCUUCAUCCGGUUCGAUCAGCGCGUGGAAGCCGAAAAGGCCAUCAAAGAGCUCAACGGUACGAUACCGAAGGGUUCCACCGAACCGAUCACCGUCAAGUUCGCUAACAAUCCGAGCAAUACGAAAACCGUUCCACCGCUGGCGGCCUAUCUGGGACCACAGGCAGCGCGACGGUUCCCCGGUCCGAUCCAUCAUCCGACGGGACGAUUCAGUGCCAUUCCAAACUACAGAUACUCACCGCUAGCGGGAGAUCUGCUGGCCAAUACGAUGAUCCCGACCAAUGCCAUUGCCAACGGGUCUGGGUGGUGCAUCUUCGUGUACAAUCUGGCACCGGAAACGGAAGAGAAUGUGCUGUGGCAGCUGUUCGGUCCGUUCGGAGCGGUGCAGUCGGUUAAGGUCAUCAAGGAUCUCCAGACGAACAAGUGCAAGGGCUUCGGCUUCGUCACGAUGACCAACUACGACGAAGCGGUCGUAGCGAUCCAGUCCCUGAAUGGAUACACGCUCGGCAACCGGGUGCUGCAGGUCAGCUUCAAAACCAACAAAUCCAAGAACUCGUAAGGUGCUGUUGUCGCCGUUCGAAGAUCGCCCGUUGUUAGCCCAUAGCCUACGUUUCAGGAGAUUGUGAGAAGGUGAACGAAUGUUGAUUUUGGUUCGGUUUUGAUUUCUUUUGGAUUUUGGAUAAGACGAGAUGCUUCUAGAGUUACGAUCACCUUAAGCUUAAGAACGUGGAAUGCAAAUGUCAGUAUUUGGACCUCGAUGCCCCCGGACCGGUCCGGAAAGUAAGCUCUUCCAGAAAAUGAGAUUCACAAACAGAGAGAAAGAAGAAAUGACGGAAAAGAAUCCUCCAAAAUAUACAUACACAUAUUAUGAUAGCAAGGUAGUAGUGGCCGGUUGUGGGUUCCAGGAUUGUGAUAGAACCACAGCCACGCACGGUCAGCAGCGAGCGUACGCGAUCGAUCUUGAUCGCGAAUCGGGUGUAAAACAAUUCCAUGAUUUUUUUUUUGUUCGAAGCGGGUGUUAUAUCUGCGGAUGGUUUGGUGGGAGCUCGUCUGGCUCCGCACCAUCAAGAGGCUCCAUUUUACAACCGUCUUUAGGGAAAAAGUGUUUUGAUAGGAGAAUCUUUUUACUAGAUAAAUUUAGUCACACGUGACUGGUAUGCAUGGAAAAGUAGGGAAAAUUUACACAAGCUGACGUAGGAGAGCACGAAAGGUGAGAUACUUCUGUGAGUCGAUAGUGCUGCUCUUUUUACUAUUGAGUUUGUUUUUAUCUUGCUUGACCGUUGAGUUCUUUUUCCGAACGUUGAUUUCGUUGAGUUUCGAUGAUUUUUUUAUUCUUCUGUAUCAUUGUUUUACUUUACACUUUGGAGGAUUUCUUUUCGUAUGUACAUUACUGCUGACGCAAUUGUAAUAACCGUUUAUUUUAAUUUGUUACAUCAUAAGUUUGUACCUUUGAGUUGUAUGGUUUUAUAUUGGGACGUUUGAUUUUAAGAAAUAAAGUAAACAUCCAACA